GUUAGUGGGUCAUACUCCGGCUCGACUUUGACAGCAUUGGGUUGUACCCUAAAGAUAAAGCCGGUAUGGUCGGACAGCAAUACAGCAUAAAUGCAAGACACAGAUAAAUGCAAGCGCCUACUUCUCAACGUCACGGUGGCGGCUCUUUUAAGUCCCUCGCCGGAGCCGUCGCCGCAACAAUCCAUACCCUUCUCAAGAGUAUACUGCGGUUCCUCUCCGCUCUCUUUCUUCCAAUGUGACUUCUGGCAGCACAAACGAAACGACCUUAACUGCAAUUCAGAAUUCCGGGAUCAUCGCUUGCCUUCACUCCUCCAGUGCCUAGAUUGCAUUUGAAGCUGCUUCUGCUGCAUUGGAUGGCGGCAUCUCAGUUGUGAGUCUCCGUAUCUAUCUUUCCUGUAAGAUAAUUAUGAGCAGAAAGAUUCUGGCUAUCAGAAUCCUCCUCAAAUUACGAUUAAGGAGGAUUCUUUGAUGGGUUAUUGCCUAUUGGCCUAGUUUGGUUUUUAGCUCUUUUUACAGUACACUAUCUUCAUGGUGCUAUUUUUGAUCAAUUUGCAGUUGAAGAUUCAAUGUCCACCCGAGGUGUGUUUCAGGUUUUUGUAUGAACUUUUCCCGGCUUAAUUUUAGUUUCUUGUUUCUGUGUGGUGUUUCAAUCGAGUUCCAACCUCUGUGCUUCUUGCAUUGAAUGGCUUUAUGUGUUUUGAAACGUUUGGUUGAGGCAUACCCUGCAGCAUUCUUAGGGGCAAGAUCCCUUCCUAGUUUGUUUGCAAUUCUUUUUUCAUGACAAAAAUGUUUGCUUUUGUUAGGAUGUUAUGAAUGUCGUUCAAGGUACUGAAAUUCUUUGCAUACCUGGUGUAAUGACUCCAACAGAAGUAAGAAACAUAGUUCGAUUAGACUCCAUUCAAUUCAACUAUUCUUUUCGCAUUUGAAUAAGGGAUUGAAACUGUAACAUAUGCUUUUGCAGAUAUUGUGUGCAUACACUGCUGGUGCUAGUAUUGUGAAAGUGAGCAUUAUACAGUAACAUCAAGUGAACCAAUCGAUUGAACUAAUCCUCCAAACUCUGAUGUGUUUUUUAUGUGGUGAGAAAUUGAUCCUUUUAUGUAUUCUAUAAUCUAUAUAUAAGUUGGAUGCUUUAUACAAGGAACAUCUUACUGUAAUGCUUACUCUUUUUAUUCCGUUGAAUUAGGUAUAUUCUGUUUCUGCAUUGGGGGGAGGCCAGUAACAUUGCAUCCCUCAAGAAGCCUUUCCCCCAUAUACCAAUGGUUGCUUGGCAAGGAAUAACAACAGGUUUUACGCCCUUUUUUCUGUACGAAUAUUGUGCUUCCGGUGAUUUUCAGCACUGUUUUCUUGUGCAGUAUUUUCUAUGGUGCUCUGCUUGUCAUUGCCUGUAAAUUUGAAUUUAAUGCAGAUUCUGUAAGGCACUAUAUAACCAGUGCAGCUUCAGCAGUCGUUCUUUCAGGUGCCACAUUCAGUAAAAAGGCAAUGCUGCAGAGAAAUUACAGCGCAAUACAUCAACUAACACUUAAUGCUUCUUCGCAGGGGAAAGAAGCUGUGCGCGGGUAGAUGUGUUUUACUUGA